AUGAAUUCCAUUUUCGGAAAGCCUAAAACUCCUGCAGAACUUCUGCAGGAAAUCAAGAGGAUGCUUGAUAACUCAACCAAAGAGAUUGAGAGGGAGAAGCAAGGCCUUCAAACACAAGAGAAGAAACUUAUCACUGAGAUCAAAAAGACCGCAAAGCAGGGACAGAUGUUAAAUGUAUAUGGGAGUGAAAGUGAUGGCAAAGGACCUUAUCCAACACAGCACCAGAUUGAGAAGUUUUAUAAGCUUAAAUCCCAACUACAAGGUGGUUCUCUCAAAAUCCAGACUCUGAAAUCAACACAAGCAAUGGGUGAGGCUAUGAAAGGUGUAACUAAAGUGAUGGGUCAAAUGAACAGGCAGGUGACUCUUCCUUCUCUUCGAAAAAUCAUGCAAGAGUUUGAGAGGCAGAAGGAGAAAAUGGAGAUGGUCUCUGAGGUCAUGGGAGAUGCUAUUGAUGAUGCUUUGGAAGGAGGUGAGAAAGAGCAAGAGACUGAUGAUCUUGAGUGUGCAUUUUAUUUCUAA